CCCCCCUUCUCAUACUCACAUUGCAUCCCAAAUAUUCAAACAAGAUAGAAAAAACCUCCCUUCAAACUUCUUCUUUUUUUCUUCCACCCCUCAUGAGAGGAGUAGAAAACUCGAGCACUAACAAAAUUCAUCACCCUCGUCCUCAUCACCGUCACCAAAUCUACGAUGGAGAGCCCUUAUGCACCACCACACUUCGACUCGUCUCGUCCGUCUCUGGGAUUUCCCUUAGGCACAGCUCUUCUGCUCAUAGUCAUUUUCAGCCUCAGUGGCAUCUUCUCCUGCUGCUACCACUGGGACAAGAUCCGCUCCCUGCGCCGCUCUUUCGACGAUGAUCUCGAAGCAGGACACUAUGAAGAAUCACCAUCCAAGCCUAAAUCCAACCAAAUGGAUCUGAAGCAGAAACAGAACGAGAGUCUGCCGGUACUAAUGCCCGGAGAUCGAAUCGCGAAGUUCAUAGCUAUGCCGUGUCCGUGCGAGCCUUUGCGAACCCAGAAGAUUAUUGUAGAGGUGCAGAAGCCAGUUAAGCCCCAACAAACAGAAGUGCCUCUAGAUUGAUUACCACCAAAUGUAAAUAUUACUUUUAUUUUAUAAAUUAUUACUUGGAAUUCAAAUCUAAUUACUCUCCUGCACUUUCAUUUGCA